GUCCUACUAUUUACAACGCAAGGAAAACGCCAUGCGAUCGACAAACCGCUUCUGAACAAAAACAGGUCUAACGAAGAAUACGGCGACCAGUUUAUAAGAUAUGGCUGACGCAGCGGCUAGGUCCCUGCAAUAUGAAUACAAAGCUAACUCCAAUCUUGUAUUGCAAGCAGACAGAUCUUUGAUCGACAGGAGGGCUCGAGAUGAACCAACAGGAGAAGUGCUUGCUUUGUCAGGCAGGCUUACUGGUACACGCAUGGGUGACAAGGCACAGCGUAACAAACCACCACAGAUGGAAGAGAGAAAAGUCAAACGACGCAAGCGAGAUGAGGCACAACAUGAUAUGAUGAAAAUGAAAGGUACAACAUUAUUAUCUGAUGGAGUUGAUGAGUUGGUGGGAAUUCUCUAUCGUCCCAAAACACAGGAGACAAGACAAACAUAUGAAGUCAUUCUGAGUUUUAUUCAAGCAGCCAUUGGCGACCAGCCUCGUGAUGUACUUUGUGGUGCUGUUGAUGAGGUUUUAAGUGUCCUUAAAAACGACAAGUUGCGAGACAAAGAACGAAAAAGAGAAGUAGAGUCGCUAUUGGGGUCAAUGCCAGAAGAACGCUAUGCUGUGUUGGUCAAUUUGGGGAAGAAAAUCUCUGACUGGGGUCAGGAAGAAAAGAUGCAGACAGAUGAGAACAUAGAUGAAACAUAUGGUGUCAAUGUACAAUUUGAGGAAUCUGAAGAUGAGGAUGAUGCAGAUGUAUUUGGAGAAAUUAAGGACGAAGAUGAUGAUGAUGAAAGUGAGGGGGAGGAAGCUGACCUAGAUGUAACACUACAUGCCAACUUGGCAGGAGGAGAUGAGUCUGGAGGUAAAUCGGACUUGGGUCUCCACCCUCGAGAUAUUGAUGCAUUUUGGCUACAGCGGAAGCUGAGUAAAUACUAUCCUGAUGACCCUACUACCGCCCAGACUCGUGCCCAGGAGGUCCUGGAAAUCCUCAAGAGUGCCAAUGAUGAUAGAGAAACGGAGAAUCAACUCGUACGUCUUCUUGGCUUUACACAGUUCGACUUCAUUAAAGUGCUGCGACAGUUCAGACAGAUGAUCUUGUAUUGUACAAUGCUGGCGCAGGCGCAGACAUCUACAGAAAAAACUAAAAUUGAGGAGAAGAUGUCAAGUGAUUCAGAACUCUCGAAGUAUCUCAAAGCUCUAGAGGUUGCUGACAAAGAGGACAUUGUGUCCGAGGAACGAGCACGUCGCCAGCAGGCACGCCAAUCAAGGGUUGCUGCUAAUCUGGAAGCCAUGGACAUCGAUCAACAACAGCAGUCCCUUGGAAAUGUCCAGAACCUUGACCUUGAGGACCUGACCUUUGGGUUAGGUAGUCACUUGAUGGCCAACAAACGAUGCCAGCUCCCUGAUGGCUCCUUCAGAAAACAGAGGAAAGGUUAUGAAGAAGUACAUGUACCUGCUCUGAAACCAAAGGCAUUUGAUUCUGAUGAGUCCCUGGUGCCAAUUGAGCGUCUACCUAAGUAUGCCCAGCCAGCCUUUGAAGGUUUUACGUACCUGAACAGAAUACAGAGUCGCCUGUGUAAGGCUGCACUAGAGUCUGACCAGAACCUCCUACUUUGUGCUCCAACGGGAGCUGGUAAAACCAAUGUGGCAUUGAUGUGUAUGCUGAAGGAGAUCAGUAAACACAUCAACGCUGACAACACCAUCAACACUGACGAGUUUAAGAUCAUCUACAUCGCACCGAUGAAAUCACUUGUACAGGAAAUGGUUUUCAGCUUUGGAGAGCGCCUGAAGUCAUACGGCAUCAAAGUAGAGGAAUUAACUGGUGACCACCAACUGACCAAAGAGCAGAUUUCAGCCACACAGAUCAUUGUGUGUACGCCAGAGAAAUGGGAUAUCAUCACCAGAAAAGGGGGAGAGCGUACCUACACACAACUUGUUAGACUCAUGAUAUUUGACGAGAUCCACUUGCUCCAUGAUGACAGGGGGCCGGUGUUGGAGGCUUUGGUAGCCAGGACCAUAAGGAACAUAGAAACAACCCAGGAGGAUGUCCGACUAGUAGGCCUCAGUGCCACCCUGCCUAACUAUGAGGACGUGGCUACUUUCCUGCGUGUAGAUCCUGCCGAAGGACUCUUCUUCUUUGACAACAGUAUCCGACCUGUACCCUUAGAACAGCAGUUCAUUGGAAUCACAGAAAAGAAAGCUGUCAAACGAUUUCAGAUCAUGAAUGAAAUUGUGUAUGAUAAAGUAAUGGAAAAUGCCGGCAAGAACCAGGUAUUGGUGUUCGUCCACUCGAGGAAAGAGACAGGAAAGACAGCUCGUGCUAUCAGGGACAUGUGCCUGGAGAAGGAUACUCUCGGCAUGUUCCUCAAGGAAGGAUCCGCAUCCACAGCUGUGCUCCGGACUGAAGCUGACCAGGUCAAGAACUUGGAACUUAAAGAUCUGCUGCCAUAUGGAUUUGCUAUACAUCAUGCUGGCAUGACCAAAGUGGAUCGUAUUUUGGUUGAGGACUUGUUUAAAGACCGACACAUCCAGGUGUUGGUGUCAACCUCGACCUUAGCCUGGGGAGUAAAUCUCCCAGCCCACACUGUUAUCAUCAAAGGCACACAGGUGUACAAUGCAGAAAAGGGGCGCUGGGUGGAACUCAGUGCUCUCGAUGUCAUGCAGAUGAUGGGUCGAGCUGGUCGUCCACAGUUUGACACUAAGGGAGAAGGAGUGAUGAUAACCAAUCACAGUGAACUACAGUAUUACCUGUCCCUCAUGAACCAACAGUUGCCCAUUGAGAGCCAGUUUAUCUCAAAAUUGGCUGACUGUUUGAAUGCUGAAGUUGUGCUUGGGACAGUACAGAAUGUAAAAGAGGCUGUGGACUGGCUAGGCUACACCUACCUGUACAUCAGAAUGUUACGGUCAUCAUCCCUAUAUGGUAUAAGCCACGAUCAACUGAGAGAUGAUCCUUUACUACAACAACGACGUAAAGAUCUUAUCCACACGGCAGCUGUCCUGCUGGAUAAAAACAAUCUCGUCAAAUACGACAAAAAGACAGGGCAGUUCCAGGUGACAGAGCUUGGUCGUAUUGCAAGUCACUAUUACUGUACACACGAGACAAUCUCCGUGUACAAUCAACUGUUGAAACCAACACUCAGUGAGAUAGAACUGUUUCGUGUUUUCUCUUUGUCCUCCGAGUUUAAGUACAUCAACGUUAGAGAGGAAGAAAAAUUGGAGCUCCUAAAGCUGUUGGAGCGAGUUCCAAUCCCUAUCAAAGAAAGUAUAGAGGAACCCAGUGCGAAGGUAAACGUACUACUACAGGCGUACAUAUCACAGCUAAAACUGGAGGGGUUCGCCCUCAUGUCCGACAUGGUAUUCAUCACCCAGUCUGCUGGCCGUCUGAUGCGUGCUAUGUUUGAGAUUGUCCUACACCGAGGCUGGGCCCAGCUAGCUGACAAGUGUCUGGCCCUUUGUAAAAUGGUCACCAAGCGCAUGUGGCAGUCCAUGUGCCCUCUCCGACAAUUUGCAGACAGAAAGAUGCCUAUUGAAGUGAUAAAGAAGAUAGAGAAGAAGAACUUCCCAUUUGAGCGUCUGUACGAUCUGAACCCCCAUGAGAUCGCUGAGCUGAUCCGUGUUCCUAAAAGUGGUAAAACCAUCCACAAGAAUGUGCAUCAGUUUCCCAAACUGGAGUUAUCUGUCCACGUCCAGCCCAUCACACGAUCAACACUCCGUGUGGAACUGACCAUAACACCAGACUUCCAGUGGGAGGAGAAGAUCCAUGGAAAUUCUGAGGCUUUCUGGAUCCUAGUAGAAGAUGUCGACAGUGAGGUCAUUCUACAUCAUGAGUACUUCCUUCUCAAAAGUAAAUUUGCCCAGGAUGAGCAUACUGUGAAGUUCUUUGUACCUGUGUUUGAGCCGCUACCCCCACAGUACUUUAUCAGGGUGAUAUCUGAUCGCUGGCUAGGGUCAGAGACACAACUGCCAGUGUCAUUCCGUCACCUCAUACUUCCAGAGAAGUACCCACCUCCCACCGAGCUUCUUGAUCUCCAGCCCCUCCCAGUGUCUGCCCUCAGGAACGCUGCAUUUGAGGGGCUCUACAAUGACAAAUUUCCCUUCUUCAACCCCAUUCAAACCCAAGUUUUUAAUGCUGUAUAUAACAGUGAUGACAAUGUGUUCAUCGGGGCGCCCACAGGCAGUGGUAAGACCAUCUGUGGAGAGUUUGCCAUGCUACGUAUGUUCUCCCAGAACCCUGACGGCCGCUGUGUGUAUGUCACUCCUCUAGAGGCUCUGGCUCAGCAGAUGUACAACGAUUGGCAAGCAAAGUUUGGAGGACACUUAGGGAAGAAAGUGGUCCUACUGACAGGGGAAACGGGAACUGACCUUAAACUCCUGGCCAAGGGUAAUAUCAUCAUCAGUACCCCAGAAAAGUGGGAUGUGUUGUCACGACGAUGGAAGCAGAGGAAGAACGUUCAGAAUGUGAACUUGUUCAUUGUUGAUGAGCUUCACCUCAUUGGAGUAGAUGUUGGGCCUGUGUUGGAGGUGAUAUGUUCACGCAUGAGAUACAUGUCCUCCCAGUUGGAGCGUAUCAACAUCCGUAUCGUGGCUUUGAGCUCGUCGCUAUCUAAUGCCAAAGAUGUAUCCCAGUGGCUUGGAUGCAGUGCCACAGGAUUCUUCAACUUCCAUCCCAAUGUCCGCCCUGUACCUCUGGAGUUACACAUACAGGGUUUCAACACUAGUCACAAUGCUUCACGUAUCGUUGCCAUGGCUAAACCAGCCUACCAGGCCAUUGUUCGUCACGCCCCAAAGAAGCCUGUGAUCAUCUUUGUACCAUCACGGAAACAGACGAGGCUGACAGCCAUAGAUAUCCUGACUUUCAGUGCUGCCGAAAUUCAGCCAGACAGUGAUGUACCUCGCAGCCGAUUCCUUCAUGUAAAGGAGGAGGACAUACAGCCAUUUCUGGAUAAAAUCACAGACAAGACCCUGAAGGAAACACUGAGUAAUGGGGUUGGCUACCUACACGAGGGGCUGGGAGACAUUGAGAAGAAGGCAGUGGAGACCCUGUUCUCUAGCGGAGCUGUACAGGUGCUUGUCGCCUCACGAAGUCUCUCCUGGGGCAUGAAUGUAUCAAGUCACCUUGUUGUUGUCAUGGAUACACAGUACUAUGACGGCAAAAGUCAUUCGUAUGAGGACUACCCUGUGACUGAUGUUCUACAGAUGAUUGGUCGAGCUAACAGGCCCUCUCUGGACCAGGAAGGAAAAGCUGUUAUACUUUGCCAGAUUUCAAAGAAAGAAUUCUUCAAGAAGUUCCUGUAUGAACCUUUACCAGUUGAGAGCCAUCUGGACCACUGUCUACACGAUCACUUUAGUGCGGAGAUUGUCACCAAGACUGUGGAGAACAAGCAAGACGCAGUGGACUACCUCACCUGGACGUUUGUGUACCGACGCAUGACACAGAACCCCAACUACUACAACCUACAAGGGGUUACUCAUCGCCACUUGUCAGAUCACAUGUCCGAACUGGUGGAGAAUACUAUCAACGACCUUGAGCAGUCCAAGUGCAUCAGUGUUGAAGAUGAGAUGGAUGUAACUCCACUCAACCUGGGAAUGAUCGCCGCCUACUACUACAUCAACUAUACAACUAUAGAAACAUUCAGUAUAUCCUUGAAUGCCAAGACGAAGAUCAAAGGUUUGUUAGAGAUCAUCUCUAAUGCUGCGGAGUAUGAAGAUAUAGCCAUCCGCCAUCAUGAGGAUACAAUACUCAAACAGCUGUCCACUCGACUACCGAACAAGCUGGCCAUACAGAAAUACAACGACCCUCACGUGAAGACCAACCUCCUCCUCCAGGCACAUCUGUCUCGCAUGCAACUGUCAGCUGAGCUUCUCUCUGACACUGAGGAUAUCCUCAGCAAGGCCAUCCGACUGAUCCAGGCAUGUGUGGAUGUCUUGUCCAGUAAUGGCUGGCUGACCCCUGCCCUGGCAGCUAUGGAGCUGGCCCAGAUGGUCACUCAGGCUAUGUGGAGUAAAGACUCUUACCUUAAACAACUGCCACACUUCUCACAGGAUAUCAUCAAACGCUGCACGGAUAAGAACAUAGAGAGUGUGUUUGAUGUGAUGGAGAUGGAGGACGAGGAGAGGACUUCACUACUACAACUGACGGGGGAUCAGAUCGCAGAUGUGGCUCGAUUCUGUAACCGCUACCCAAAUAUAGAACUCACGUAUGAAGUCAUGGAAAAGGAUAGCAUUCACAGUGGUUCUGCUGUUAAUGUGGUAGCUACCCUAGAGAGGGAGGAUGAACUAGCAGGGCCGGUCAUAGCUCCGUUCUUUCCUCAGAAACGAGAGGAAGGCUGGUGGGUAGUUAUUGGUGACAGCAAGAACAAUUCCCUGUUGUCCAUUAAGAGGCUUACACUGCAGCAGAAGGCCAAAGUGAAACUAGACUUUGUCGCCCCCACUCCAGGCAAAUACAACUACACCAUCUUCUUUAUGAGCGACGCCUACAUGGGCUGUGAUCAGGAAUACAAGUUCUCUAUCGACGUUCUAGAGGGAGAGAGUGGCAGUGAAGAGAGCGACAGUGACUCGGAUUAAACACAGCAGUGACACAGAUUAAAGGCAACAAUCUCGUGUUACUGUGUGUCAAAAUUGUCUAACAGUGACACACAAGUUACUGUGCGUCAAAAUUGUCUGCCAUGUUUAUUAUUUGUUACUAAAUUUCCUGUGUGUGUUACAGAUAUACAAUGGUGAUAAGUUGACUGUCAAUAGAAGUACUGUGUCGUGACUGGUGAUAAGUUGACUGUCAAUAGAAGUACUUUGUCGUGACUGGUGAUAAGUUGACUGUCAAUAGAAGUACUUUGUCGUGUCUGGUGAUAAGUUGACUGUCAAUAGAAGUACUUUGUCGUGACUGGUGAUAAGUUGACUGUCAAUAGAAGUACUUUGUCGUGACUGGUGAUAAGUUGACUGUCAAUAGAAGUACUCUGUCGUGACUGGUGAUAAGUUGACUGUCAAUAGAAGUGCUAUGUCAUGACUGAUAAAUGCAUACAUUUGGAAGUUACAGCUAACCCAGUAGUACUCUGUAAAAGAAAUAAAUGUACAAAGUGACAGAAAACUACAGUGAGUUGUCCGGGAUUGACAUGGCUAUCUGAGAGAGAAAACUACAGUGAGUUGUCCGGGAUUGACACGGCUAUCUGAGAGAGAAAACUACAGUGAGUUGUCCGGGAUUGACACAGCUAUCUGAGAGAGAAAACUACAGUGAGUUGUCCGGGAUUGACAUGGCUCUCUGAGAGUACAGAAAACUACAGUGAGUUGUCCGGGAUUGACACGGCUAUCUGAGAGUACAUUUAUGAUUAUGUAUAUAAUUCAUGUAUUAAAUUCUCUUGCAAGUGAGAAAUUAUAUCUUCAUUAAAACAUUGAAAUACAAAGUGAUUUCAACUGAUAAGAAGUUUUUAUCAUUCUUCCAUUUUAGAUCUGUUUCCUGUUGUAUAAAUGUAGGUACUCAUAAAUCAUCUCAUUUCUACUUCAUCAUCUGAACAUCUGUCAUGAAAUGACUCAUUCAUUUCCUGUAUGGACUAACGUCAAUAUCACAUAAAUCAUGAUUGUUAAAGAAACCGAACUGUUAUAGGUAUACGAGAAUUGUGUAAGUAAUUAUAAUAUUGUCUAUUGUACAGCUACGUACCCUCUGUAAGUGUUACACGGCUGCAUCACGCUAAAUAUUCUGUAAAUGUUACAGAGCUAAUAAAACAAUAGAUAUCUGG